AUGAUACCCUCAGCAGUACCCACACAACUUUCUGGUUCAACGCAGGUAGAAGAAAUGUUAAUUGCUAAAGCUCUUCCUAUAAUGCAUAUUUAUAUCAAACCAGUGUAAUGUCGUACGUCAAUCAUGUUGGAUCACGUGACUAGAGAGAGAGAUUAUUAUUAAAAGAAAGCAAGGUUUUUACUACAAGCAGGGCGUUGUGGUUCAUUUUACUUUAGCUCUAUUCGAGACUGAUACUCUCGAUACCACAUCUGGCGACGAGGAUUCUAAAAUUCAUGAAUCCCACAGUCAAUAUUCACAUCAACACCGGUUUUCAUUGAGGAGUUCGCUGUGUAAAUUUUUCUUGAAAGCACGUGCUGUUUGCGACACGCUCAACUCUGUGAGACCUCAUGGCGGUUUCGCUACCAAGUUUUCCACCGUUCGACGUCCAUGCCGAUGGCAGUGCAGGUCCACGAUGGAAAAGAUGGCUAGGACGCUUAGAACGAAUGCUUAUCGGAAUGAACAUCAGAGCUGCGAAAAGGAAACGGGCUUUGUUGCUGCAUUAUGCCGGCACCGACGUAGACGAAAUAUUCGACACCUUACCAAACACUGGCGAAGACGGCGACUAUGACACGGCGGUCGCGAAACUUAACGAGUAUUUCUCCCCACAAGUCAACACCACAUAUGAAGUAUAUAAUUUUCGCCAGACGAAGCAGAAAGAGGGUGAGUCGCUUGAUAGUUUUCACACCAGGCUUCGCCAACUCGCGAAAACCCGCGAAUUCAGCGAUGUUGACAAAGAAAUUAAAGAACAUAUUAUUCUGACGUGCAGUUCCAGCUCGCUUAGACGCCGAGCGCCACGUGAAAACCCAACGUUAGAAGGUUUAUUGAAUCUAGGAAGAGCAUUAGAACUCAGUGACAAACAAGCGAAAAGACGUAGAAGAUACCGGAGGCGAAUUCCAAGCCGUCAACAAAAUCAAACGAAAAGAAGAGAAUCGGCAAAGCCGCCCACGAUACCAGCGUGACACACAAUCACGCAAUCGUCGUUUUGGAAACAAGCAAGGCAAUUCUCCCAGAAAAUGUGGCAAAUGUGGCGGGUACGCACCUCACAAAAAAUCCAUGUCCUGCGCAAGGAAAAGUCUGUAAAAAGCCUGCGGGAAAAAUUGGCCAUUUUGCUCAUGUUUGUCGUUCAAAACCUCGUACCGUGGCCUCCGUGGAAACUGGUCAAACCUCUGAUGAAGAAUAUGAGUACGCGUUUACACUGUCGACCAUCAAGAAAACAAGAAGCCACCCAUAUGUCAGCUACAAAUCAAUGGAAGAAACGUGAACAUGAUGAUCGACUCGGGUGCAUCUGUUAAUCUUCUUGAUGAAAUAACCUUUCAAAGAAUUAACAGUCACGGCAGUGAAAGCCUGCAGCCUGUUCACACCAAGAUUUAUUCAUAUGGAUCUAAAGUCCCUCUUCCUACCCUGGGAAUCCUCACUGCAACCGUGAAAUCCAGUAACACGAGCACCUCCGCUCAGCUGACUGUUGUUAAAGGAGAAAACGGAAAUCUUCUCAGCUAUCACACUGCAAAGAAACUAGGUCUGAUUGCGGUUUCUAUUAAUACUGCCACCGUCACUGAAAGAAACAAAAGACGACCGGAGUCUCUAAAAGAAGAGUUCAAAUCACUGUUUGGAGGCAUAGGAAAGUACCAAACAAACAAGUGAAGUUACACAUUGACCCCGAUGUUACACCCGACAGCAACCCCACAGACGAAUUCCAUUUCAUGUUAGAGACGAUGUCGAAAAAGAGCUUGAGAGACUUGAGAAACUCGACAUCAUCGAGAAAGUUGAAGGGCCCACACCCUGGAUCAGUCCAAUUGUUGUCGUCCCCAAAAAAUCCGGAGAAGUUCGAAUCUGUGUUGAUAUGCGUGAGGCAAACCAAGCAAUUAAGCGGGAAAAGCAUCUCAUGCCAACCAUUGAUGACCUUGUUGCUGAUUUGAAUGGUGCAACGCUUUUCAGUACAUUAGAUCUGUCCUCAGGAUACCACCAGCUUGAGUUAUCACCUGAAAGUCGUUAUGUCACAACCUUCAGUACACAUGCUGGCCUAAGAAGAUACAAACGUUUGCCUUUUGGAAUUAAUGCAGCGUCCGAAAUUUUCCAGGAAAAGAUCAGGGAACUCCUUUCUGGCCUCCCAGGAUGUAAAAACAUCUCAGAUGACAUCAUAGUAUUUGGAAAAGACCAGGAAGAACACAACAAGAAUCUCCGUGGUGUUCUCCAGAGGCUUAAAGAAAAUAACCUCCGUCUCAACAAAGACAAGUGUGCGUUUUCCAAAACUGAAAUCAAGUUCUAUGGUCACAUUUUCAGCUCUGUCGGUGUUAGACCUGAUCCAAAGAAAGUUAAAGCAAUCCACGAGGCACAAUCUCCUCGGAACCAUAGUGAACUGAAGUCUUUUCUUGGUAUGGCACAGUACGUCUCCCGAUUCAUACCAGACUAUGCCACAAUCACGACCCCUUUGCGCCUGCUGACCCGACAGGACACCCCUUGGAAAUGGGAGCAAGAAGAACAAAAGGCAUUGGACAAGCUGAAAGAAGCCCUCGCUGGGGAUCAAGUUAUGUCCUAUUUUGAUCCAAGAAAGAAGACCGAAAUCAUUGUCGAUGCGAGUCCAACUGGUCUUGGUGGACUGUUAAUACAAGAAGGCAAAAUUCUUAGUUAUGCAAGCCGUGCUUUGAGUGAUGUGGAAAGUCGCUACUCCCAAACAGAGAGAGAGAUGCUUGCCGUAGUAUGGGGAGUGGAACAUUUUCAUCUGUAUGUUUAUGGUGCCCAGUUUUCUGUUAUUACUGAUCAUAAACCUCUCAUAGGCAUCUUUAAGAACCACAAGCAAACUUCCCCAAGAAUGGACAGGUGGAAACUUCGACUCAUGCCCUACGACUGUCAGCUGAUCUAUCGGCCUGGAAGAGAUGCGAAAACCCUGCUGAUUACAUGAGCCGACAUCCGUGUCCCACAGCACCAGAAGAACAAAAUUUGGCUGAAGAUUAUGCCAACUAUGUAUGCUCUAAUGCUGUACCAAGAGCAAUGACGCUCGAAGAAAUAAAACACGAAACCAGAAAUGAUGCAGAAAUGCAAGCUGUCAUCAAGGCUGUGGAAACUGGCCAAUGGAAUGUCCCAGACGUACAGAAAUACAAGAAGCUCAAGGAAGAAUUAUCAGUGUUCAAUGGACUAGUAUUGAGAAGAAACAGAAUUGUGAUACCAUUUACUCUCAGAAGUAAAGCAGUAGACCUGGCACAUGGUGGUCACCAGGGAUUGUCAAAACAAAGCAACUCAUCCGAGACAAAGUGUGGUUCCCGAAUCGACAACCCAACAGAAGAGAAGGUCAAAAGCUGUCUUUCAUGUCAAGCUGCAUCGACCAAGUCACCACCGAUUGAACCCCUUCAAUGACGCCACUCCCUAGCGGACCUUGGAGAGAAGUCGCAGUGGAUUUUGCUGGACCGUUCCCCUCUGGUGAUUACAUCAUGGUUGUAACAGAUGAAUUCAGCCGUUUUCCGAAGUAGAAAUACUUACCUCAACAUCAGCAAGAGUUGUGAUCCCUAAACUUGAUGCAAUAUUCUCAAGACAAGGUAUUCCUGAUGUCCUGAAAAGUGACAAUGGUCCACCGUUUAAUGGUCAUGAAUUUAAGAACUUUUCUGACUACUUAGGAUUCAAGCAUAGAAGGAUAACCCCGUAUUGGCCAAGAGCAAAUGGAGAAGCGGAACGACUGGUUCAGACCCUCCAAAAGUCUAUCAGAAUUGCUCACCUAGAAGGCAAAAAUUGGAAGCAAGAGUUGUACAAGUUCUUACGGCAAUAUCGUUGCAACACCCCACUCCACCAUCAAUGUGUCUCCAAGUGAAGCCUUAAACAGCAGAAAACUCAAGACCACACUACCAGAGUCACCGAUCACCCAACACAAGCUGCCGCGAUAUACACUUCAAGAUCCAUCCGCUAGCGUCGCCCAGAGAUGCUCUGCAAAAGCAGAAAAUGAAGGUCUAUGCUGACCUCAAAGCGCAUGCUCAAGAACGAGAGAUUAAGCCAGGAGAAGUUGUACUCAUUAGACAACCCAAACAAAACAAGCUCAGCACUCCAUAAAUCCAAAACCAUUCAUCGUGGAGGAACAGAAAGGCACCAUGGUCACAGCGAGUGAUGGUUCACACACUGUUACGAGGAAUUCAUCGCAGUUCAAAGUUAUUCCGAAACAUCUUGCACCCUGCCAAGAGAAUGGUGGAAGGAAAGAUGAAGAAAAGACACAAUGUCCAUCCAAAAUGAAAGCUGACGCCUUGCCGAGACGAUCGAAACGACAGAUCAAACCUCCUGUCAGGUUUUCAGACUAUGUACAAAUCGUCUACGAGAAAUAGGCUGGAAAAGGAACUUUUCUGAUUCUCUGAGAACGUUGACAUAAUAUGAAGUGUUUGAAGGAAAAGAGAUCUCAGUUUAAAUUCAGUUUGAAUGUUGAUUAUUGAACUUUGAUUACAAAACGAUGUACAUUGUUUUGUUUAGAAUUUUAGGACGUUUAUCACUUAAAAUACAGUUAGUCACCUUGUGUUCUUUUCAUCCGAAAAAAAGGGAGGGAUGUAAUGUCGUACGUCAAUCAUGUUGGAUCACGUGACUAGAGAGAGAUUAUUAUUAAAAGAAAGCAAGGUUUUUACUACAAGCAGGGCGUUGUGGUUCAUUUUACUUUAGCUCUAUUCGAGACUGAUACUCUCGAUACCACAACCAGGAGGACAAAGAGGAUAUUCUGGACAUACAAUAAAUCUACCUCAAAAUGUCAGUGAAUUGGCUCAAUCACUUCCAAGAUACCCUAAAGAUUUAUCAAUAACUAUUGUUAAAGCUAAAGGAAAGGGAAAUUUUGUUAAAAACCUUUCAAUAAGAAGGCAAGUGGUAUCAGAUGCAAUUCACUGGCUCAUUAAAAAUAAUCCACAUUAUUCAGACAUUGAAUUAAAUUAUAACGCAUUAAAUUCUUUACCAGAAAAUGAUGUUCCCAGCGAACUUCUUUCAAUAGAAACAGAUGACACUACAACAGAUGAUAAUAAAACUCCCCUCCCAGAUUUUGGUCCUGUUUCUAGUGAAGAAGAUAUUGUUUAUGACAGUAAUACAGAUUCUUCAAGUUUUCUACCUGUAAAUGACACCCACCAACAAGAAAUUGAUUUCAUUCGUAACAAUCUUUCCCAGGGACAAAUAAACUGGCCGACUUUAGAUAAUAGCCCAUUAAAUGAGUAUGUCACUCCAUAUUUAGCCACAAUGGCAUUUCCAACAUUGUUUCCUGAUGGUAAAGGAGAUCCAACAAAUUCUGCAAUUUUAAAAAAUGCAACUCUGAAAGAAAAGGUUAAACAUCUAAUAAAAUUUGCAGAGAAAAAAGACAGUAAAUGGAUUUAUCGUUUUGCAAAUCAUCCUAGAUUUUCAUACUGGGCUUUAAACAUGAUUCAGCGUAAACAAAUUUUACAACAAACUGGAAUUUUUUAA